UGUCAGAGUCGGUCAAGCUCCUCCGUGAUUGGACGCUAACUAAAACGUCACAGGGUGCUGUUCGUCUCCUUUGCUGAUCCUCCCCCCACUGCAAGAAAAAUACAAGGGUUACAGAUUACAAAACAGUACUCACAAAACGUUAUCAACCUUGAACAAGCCUGUCUGAAAUCAUCACAACAUCUCUGUCACCAAUGUAAUCCCAAGCGUGCAGUCUAUUAUAUUAUGUUUGAAUAAAUGUUUUCUCUCCUGAAGUGGGACAGAGAGAGGGAGGGAGGGGGAGAGUGGAGCGAGUAUGGUUGCUAUAGAGACGGAUCCGGUGGCGUUGUUGAACCAUUUUACACAGAUCCCAGGGGGCUGAAGCUCCCUGUAAGUUUUCAACAUUUUCAAUCUAAUUGUACCACACUGCCUCACGCAUUAUCACUGUCAUGACAUGGGUUAAAAGGUGCUGAAGUCCAUAUUUUUGAUGAGAAAUAUAAUCGCUGCCACGUCUGCCAUGACAUAAGCUAAUUGGGGGAGUCUUGGUCUAAAUGGGUCCAGUCAUGCCUCCCAGCAAGAAGCCGGAAGGUCCAGGAAUCAGUGUUUCCAAUGGACUGAGCCAGUGUUACCCAGGAAGCUCUUUAUCCAAGGACCUCCAGGAAGCUGAGGAGCUGGACUUAACACUGCCCACCAUCAAAUUGGAAAAAGGGGCCAUGGAAGAUGAAGAGUUGACAAACUUGAACUGGCUUCACGAGAGCAAGAACUUGCUCAACAGUUUUGGCGACACCGUGUUGCGGAGUGUGAGCCCAGUUCAGGAGAUUGAUGACGAUACCCCUCCUUCCCCCGCACAUUCAGACCUGCCCUAUGAUGCCAAGCAGAAUCCAAACUGCAAGCCUCCAUAUUCCUUCAGCUGCCUCAUAUUCAUGGCCAUCGAAGAUUCUCCCUCCAAGAGACUGCCAGUAAAGGAUAUUUACAAUUGGAUCCUUGAACAUUUCCCUUACUUUGCUAACGCCCCCACCGGGUGGAAAAACUCUGUCAGACAUAACCUGUCAUUGAAUAAGUGUUUUAAGAAGGUGGACAAAGACAGAAGUCAGAGUAUUGGGAAAGGUUCAUUAUGGUGCAUAGAUCCAGAAUACAGACAAAAUCUAAUUCAGGCAUUGAAAAAGACACCUUAUCAUCCAUACUCCCAGGUGUUUAAUACACCUCCCACAUCUCCUCAGGCAUAUCAAAGCAUGUCAAGUCCACCUAUUUGGCCAGGGAGUCCAUUCUUCAGAAAAAAUGGAGUUCUUUUACAAGAUCCUGACAUUGAUGCUGCCACUGCCAUGAUGCUUUUGAAUACUCCAGACCUACCAGCUACUUUCCCUCAGGGAGUAAUCCAGAAUGGAGCUCGUAUUCUGAGUCGAGGGAUGUUUGCGGGCAUCAGACCACUGCCAAUCAAUCCUAUAGGAAGCAGGGCAGCUGCAGUAAGGAAUGUACUUGCUAACUGCCGGAUGCUAAGCGACAGUGAGCCGUCCUGUGGUACCCCUGUUGUAAGCAGUGACCCUAAAGAGGAUCACAACUACAGCAGCGCCAAUUCUUCCAAUCACAGAAGCACCUCUCCCACCAGCAACUCAACCUCAUCUACAGACGACCAUUACGAUUUCGCUGCGAAGGGCAGCCGUGAUGGCAGUGAAGUUAGUGAGGGUAGUUUCCAAAGCAAUGAAAGCCACAGCGAAACUGAAGAAGAGGACAAAAAAAUGAUUAAAAAGGAGACCAAGGAUUCUCUUGCUGACAGCGGUUGUUUGGCACCGCACAAGAAAAGGCAACAUUUGACAAAAGCUAAACAAAAGGUUUCCAGUGAUACUCUGCCUUUAAAAAAGAGGCGCACGGAGAAACCACCCGAGAGCGAUGACGAGGAGAUGAAAGAAGCAGCCGGCUCCCUCCUUCACCUGGCAGGGAUUCGCGCCUGUUUAAAUAAUAUCACCAAUAGGACGGCAAAGGGGCAAAAAGAGCAAAAAGAUUCUAUGAAAAAUUAGGACUGAGACAUCAGUUUUAAUGGAAUUUAAUAUUUUUUUUCAGGACAUCAGGUGAAUUCUAAUGAUUUGUGGCAAUAUCAAACAAUCACUUUGUUUUCCUAUAUUUUUAGAUCCUUUUCGUUUUGUUUUGUUUGUUUGUUUGUUUCGUUUCGUUUAAAGGAGCUUAAAGCCAUAGCAAAACUUUUACUGAUGCUCAGCUAAUUUAGAAACAGACUUUUGUCGACCUGAAAAUGAAAAAAUGAAUUGGCCAUAUUCGUGGGACACAAAUCAUUCAAUGUGGGACACAAAACAAAAUCGAAAUUUACGAUCUUGAUUAAAGUAAGAAACAAAAGUGAUUAGCAAUCCCUCUAAUUCAGCAAAGUAAAGUUUUUGCUGUUAUCUGGACGUUUAGCUGUAUCAGUGUGUACGUGUUGGAAGGAGACAGUGAUACAUGAUUUGUCGUGUUGUGGAUAUUUCUAUUGUGAAAUGCAUGCAAAAAUAAGCAGCACUAUGCCCAGUGUCUUUAUCUGUGGCAUAUGGACAAGAAACAGUAGUUCCAAAUUAUUAUUUUUUUUAAGUUCUUGGUUAGCCAAUAAUGACAACUGCACUUAAUUUACUACUGUGUUGUCACUGUGGCUGUUCUUGUAAAGACUGCUUUUAUGGCCAACAAAACUGUGUCACAUCAGAAAGAUAUCGAAAUGGAAAGAAAGAAUUGGAUACAGAUGACUGGUAUUGUUUUCAUCCACAGAAUUCAGUCUUCUAUAAAUAUAUAGAACAUCACUUAAAAGCCAUAAGCCUGAGGUUUCAGAGCAGUGUGCAAAAAUAUAAAAUGUCUUCUAAACUGCCUAUGUAAAGAAAAAGAAAAAAAAAAACAAUUAAGGACAAAGUUGUAAUCUAGUGAUUUAUAAGAGAAUAGUGAUACAUUAAUGGGGAUCAGUAAGAGUAAUAUGGGAUGAUAGAAGCUACAAGCCCUGCCGUUAGUAUUAUACCGGCAAAAAUAUUUCAACUGACUGGAUUUUUUUUUCUUUUUUCUUUUUUUUUUUUUACUGCCCACACAAUGGUCUAAGCAAUUUCAUCCAGUCAGGAUAAUACUGUAUAAAGGUUACAAUAUUUUUAUUUCUGAAUUUAGCCAAUGUAGCCAGCAGGAUUUUGCAAACCGUGUUGCAUGGGUUCUAUAAAUGAAAAGAAACCUUUUUUUAUUCAAAGUUCAUGUAAGGUAAAUAAUGUAUUUAGCAUGGAGCAUGAAUUAUUUUCAUAUAAAUAUAGAACAUAGAGAAAAAGGUGAUGCCUCUAAUUUUUAAGCCCUUAGACCUAGUUUUUGUUUUAUUUUAUUUUUUUGAAGCAGGAUUUUAGUUAAACCUUCAGGGACAUACACUGACUGUUGGGAACUUACUCUGCAAUAUGAAGACUUCACAUUUCGGGUAGGGCUAGGAUGGUUGAAUAUACUGCCUUGUCUGCAGAUUCACCCUACUUCUGCUUUUAAAGUUAACAUGUCUAGGGUUUAUGUUCUGUAUAUGUUUUUGCUCGCAUAUUUAAGGAGAAGUUAGUAGUGAGUGUAAAUCCCUAGUAACACGUGUGUCUGUGUUUUAUUUCCCAGCAUUUGAAAGUCCACAAAUGUUUCAGAAAAUCACUUUGACCACUGCCACCUAGAAUCUGUGUUUUACACGAUGUUCUGUUGUUUCCACUGUUGUUCUUUUAUUGCUUCAUUCAUCAUGAAAUAUCAUUCUAGCGCUGUUCCCAGGUUAACAGUUCAACGUCAGUAUUACUUCCUGUUGACCAGUCACAAAAACUCUUCCUGAAUACACAUAUUGGUUAAUACCACCAGUUAUUGGACUGCAUUACACUAACAAUCCAGUACUUUGACAAUUUCAGUGCCAAAACCUGUUGGUUUGAUCAAUCACAUUCAUAUCCCAGCUGUACUUUUUUAUUGUUAAAUAUCCUUAUAUUAAGUGAUACAACCCUAGCAGCCCCACAUUAUGAUGUCUCUAUAGGUUAUAAAACAGUCCAAAAUAGUCAGGUGUUUUGCAAAAAUAAUUUUAUUAUGCAUAACCUUUUAAUCAAGUAACAUGUUUUUAAAAUACCAGCAGUUCAAGUGGACACAAUUAUUAUUUUUUUUACACAAUCUUUAAAGGGCAGGCAAUUGAACAUAUUAAAAUGUACCUGCAGACUGUGUCUGGAAGCGCUCGAUUUUGUUGCAAUUGAAACUGUCCUGCUGUCUAUCGUUAGUACUGUCCAUCCAAACUAACCACAAGAUCAUCUGCAGGUAGUACGCUACUUUUAGUUUGUUACAAUUAACCACUUGUGUCUGGCAUGAGUCAACAAAUGACAGAUUUCCCAGCAUAGGUACGGUAAUUUAACAUUGGUCAUUUCAUGGGUUACCUCUUUCUUAGUCUCAUAAAUAUAGUGUUCUUAACUGGGAAAUCUUUUCAAAUUCAAGGAGUGUAUACAUGUAAAAUAAAAUCAACUGUUUAGUCACUGUUGAAUAAAUACGGCUAUCUGUGUGAUUAAUGAAAAUAAUGAUUGUGCAAACAAAUCUGUGGCAACACAGUAUCAAAUGACUUAGCUGCCCCUAAGAAUCUGGUCAAAAAUGACUGCCUUUGUGUUAAGAAAUCAGAUGAUGUUACUCACACUCACUACAAAACUUGCCCUUUAGCUUCAUGUUGUAGUAAUGAUUUGAAAUGGGAAAGAAAUACAAUGUUUAUACUAGCCAAGCAAAUAAUAGUGAUAAAAUGCACAUUUUUUUUUUUUUUUUUUUUUUGUAAACUGCCAUUUUGUUUAUUAUAUGAAAGGAGCUUUGAGAAAUAAAAAAAGUCGUAGUUAUUUUUGUUUUGUUCUGCAGGCAUGUGCACUCAGCCAAUCUGUAUGAAAUACGGAAAUGCUAAUAUGGAGGCAUAGUUGCGUUCUAUAUUUCUUUGAUGUGUAAUCAUAUUGCCAAAGACAAACUGUUUCAUCAAUUAUUGUAAAUAUCACUUUGUCCGUUACUAUGACAAAAACUUUUUUUUUCUGAAACCUACCAUAAAGUUUCUGUGAUGUAUUGUCUUCCAGUUGCAAUAAUAAAUAAGAGUUGCAUCAGUCGAAA